AUGACCUACCUGCUGCCACAAGUUUGGGCCAUUUUUGUUCUUUGGUUUGGAUUGGGACUUUUUCGAGCUGUUGCUUCGCGGCAUUCGGAGCAUUCGACUUUCCUCCGGCGGAGUCGCAGAUUCAGUCUGUUUGGGGACUUUACGGCGUGCGAACGUGUGGCAGCGUACGAUCUAAGGUCGCUAACACAGUACUAUAGUGAUUUUCAAAGAGCCAACGGUGCGGAUACGCAACGGUCAGCGUAUAUACACAUACACAUACAAGAAUUUCACUCAGCUCGGCGGUCUUGGUUUUGCAUUGUGAUCCGUGCGGCAUACCUGGUCAUUUCAGGAAGAACUAAAUAGGGAACCGUCUGGAGGAGAGCACUCCUGGCCCAUUUUAGAUAUCAAAGACGGCAACAACGGCGGCCAGAAUUUUCUCACGUUUGGAUAGUGUCGAGGAGGUGCAACGCGGUCGCAGU